UCAUGACAAGAGUUAUACUCAUAUUUGGAAUUAUGUUGUCAAUCCCGAUAUACAUUCCAUUCACCACUUUUGGAACCGCAUAAUAUUAAAUUAGAUUAGAUAUUAACGAUGCACCAAUAAAAACAAGCAUUACAAGCACCUAACGAAGGUUUCUAAGAAGAGACAUGUCCUUAUCCAAUGCCCAAAAAGCAUGCAUAACUAGCAUGAUUCAUCAUUGCAACCCUUAACAACAAAGGAGCAAAUAUCAAGAAACAACGACCACAAAAAAUGCAGGAAAUUACAAGACAUUUUGCUGUGUUUCUGAGGAGGUUGGUUUUCUUUCCUGUUCUUCUUUUCGUUACCAUAGAAUGUACAAAAGGUGAGUCAUCAGAAUCUGAGUCUUUCUUCAGCUUUCUAAGGACCCUUGAUCCCCCAAACGUGCUUAACAUUAUCUGGAUUGGAUCACCAUCACAUCCUUGCAUGAUCAAGUUGAAUGGUGUAACAUGUAACUCAAAUGCAACAAAUAUUGUACACAUAAGGCUCGAGAACAUGAACCUUAGUGGCACAAUUGAUGCAGAUUCCCUAUGCAGGCUCCAAAAUUUAAGAGUGGUGAACUUGGCUAAGAACAACAUUAAAGGAACUAUUCCACACUCAAUUUUGCAUUGUACAAGGUUGACACACUUAAAUCUAACCAGCAACCAAUUGAGUGGAAGGUUGCCACAUGCCUUAACAAAAUUGAGACAUCUUAGGAACUUAGACAUUUCUAAUAACAACUUUUCUGGUAUGAUACCUAGUAAACAACAAUAUAGGAGCCUCUUCACUUAUGUGACAUCAAGUAACAAGUUGGAAUUGGAAAGCAACAACAGUGCCAAAGGGUGGCUAAUUAAGGAAAGUGAUACAAACACAAUGCAGCAAGAAACGACAGAUCCUAAUUCUGGUAAUAACAAUAGAUCCAGCCCACAAACCUUGUUGGUUUUAGUUUUGGGAACUUUAUUGCUUUUGGUAUUUCUUUACCUUCUGGCAAAAAAGAUAGCAAAGUUUGAUGCUGAGAGAAAGGCAGUUAAAGACCAAAAUCAUGUGUCUCCAAUAAAAAAGGCUACAGAUCUUGAAGUUCAAGAGGUGAAGCUGAAGGAAGGAGAUUCUGAGCUUGUUUUCUUUGUUGAAGAUCGUGAGAGGUUCACACUAGAGGACCUUCUUCGAGCCACUGCUGAUUUGAGGAGUGAAAGCUUUUGUAGCAGCCUUUAUAAGGUGAAGCUAGAGAAUAACGUUCACUAUGCAGUGAAAAGAUUGAAGAAUUUGCAGGUAUCCUUGGAGGAAUUUGGUGAAACAUUAAGGAAGAUUAGUAACUUGAAGCAUCAAAAUAUUCUACCCCUUGUUGGUUACCGUUCCGCCAGUGAGGAAAAACUCAUCAUUUACAGAUAUCAAAGUAAUGGAAGCCUGCUUAAUCUGUUAAACGAUUAUGUAGCGGGUAGAAAAUAUUUCCCAUGGAAACUGCGACUGAAUAUAGCAUGUGGGAUUGCUAGGGGUUUGGCCUUCAUAUACAAGAAGUUGGAUGAUAAUCAAGAGAUCAUUCCUCAUGGAAACCUGAAGCCAUCAAACAUCCUUCUUGAUGAGAACAAUGAGCCAGUAAUAAGUGAGCAUGGUUUAUCAAAAUUCCUGGACCCAAACACAAGUUUCCUGUUUUCAUCUCAUGGAUACACAGCUCCUGAAAAGAGCAUAACAGAAAAGGGUGAUGUGUACAGCUUUGGAGUGAUUCUUUUAGAGCUACUAACAGGAAAAAGCAUAGAGGUUAGCAGAAUAGACCUUGCUAAAUGGGUGAGGUCCAUGGUGAGGGAGGAAUGGACAGGAGAAGUGUUUGACAAGGAAGUUAGGGUAAAUGAGCAUCAAUGGGCUUUUCCUCUUCUCAACAUAGCACUCUUGUGUGUGUCACGUUUCCAAGAAAAUAGGCCAACCACUGGUGAGAUUUUGGAGAAGAUUGAACAGGUCAUGGAUGAACAUGAACAACAUGAGGAACGUUUUGCUUCCAAGUGUUGUUCUGAUGGAUCCAACCGUGAUGAAUGUUGUUCACUUCACAAGAUCAUACCUGAAACAUGGGACUCCCCAGGAUCAAAUUAUUGAUUGGUGCUCCACAUAACAUGUAUUAUUCAAUAUUCACCCAUUAAUAUAUCGUAAGGGUAUCUUCUAUAGUACGUGAACAUGUGAUAGUUUGUAGUCAUAUGUUUGUUGUUUAGGAAUUAAUCUUGUAUUCUGCAACUAUGCUAGCUUUUGAACUCAGAUACAUGUUGUUGUAAUCUUCUGUUAAUUGUCAUUUUUUUAACUACAUUUGCAUUUGUUACGUAAAACUAGCUUUUCAUAACCAUGUUCU